GAGCCACGGGUAAACACUACGGCGCGUCCAGCUGUGAUGGCUGCAAGGGAUUCUUCAGGAGGAGCAUUCGGAGCAACCAAACAUACAACUGCAGGUUAAGUUUCAUCAUACCAAAAUGUUUGCUUUGGCACAGAAAAGCCUGAAUAUCCCAAUAUGAAACGAUGUUAAACUCUGAUUAGAGGUGCCGGGGAGCCCCGCUUCAUAUGCUAUAAAAGUUUCAUAAAGGCUUUAGUGGCUCCAGGAGGAAACUAGUUAAGUUUAAUAAAGUGUCAAAGCUGAUGUCACUGGAGUCAGUGUUGCAGACUUUCAAAGUAAAACCUAAAGUGUCAAGCGAUCUCUAUAUUUUCAAUGGAGCUGAUUACAUAAGUAGCCCUGAAAGAACAGAGGCAUAUGUGAACCCUGGAGAAAUUGUGAAUAAUUGAGAAUAUAAACCCAUAAAACCAAAUAAACUCAUACUCUCCAUGAUCAAAGCUCCUUUUAUAUAAGACUUUGAGAAAUGGGAGACACAAUGUUUGACCCAUCCAUAUGUGUACAUACAUGUAAAUAUAUGUACACGUGUUCACACACACAGACGAAAAAAGGGUUUAUUUGCGUAGCUCAAAAAUACAAAAAUAGAUUUCAUCUCAACGUAUUAUAUAUGAUUUAGUGAAAUGUUAACCCUUUUAUAUCUUUCCAGUGUAGUUGAUAUGGUCAUCAUUUAGAAACAGUUACUGUUUUCCUUUGUGAAUCUACCUGUAGUACAGCACAAAGUCAGCUGAGCAUAAAGCUGAAGGGCGCUCACACUGAGCCGGGAUCUGUUGGAUGUUUCUUCCUGCUAAAGUGAAGUUUUUCUCUUUCACUUGUCACAAUAUUUAUAUACAGUAAAAUAAUUAACAUUUCUGUCUGUUGUGGAAAGUGGAAAGUAUUGGAAGUUAGCAGCUCAAUAAAAACUGUGUGAUUUCCUUAAAUCAAACUUUGUUUUUGUUUUUUUUACCCCAAUUGAUGCCACCAUCGUUACCUUGAUUAAAUUAUAAAGUGUCUUGUAAAAUGAAUCUGCUCUAUAUAAAUUAGCUGAAUUGUAAUUACAGUACAAGUCAGAAUGAUGUUGUCUUCACUUGUAGCAACUGUAAAUAUGUACGCAUGCUUCAACAUGGUGCACAUUUUCAGGUUCAACCGGCAAUGUGUUGUGGACAAAGACAAAAGGAACCAGUGUCGUUACUGCAGACUGCAGAAAUGUUUCAAGGCUGGAAUGAGAAAGGAAGCUGUUCAGAAUGAGAGAGACUGCAUCAACCCCCACAGAGCCAAGGGACAACCGGUAGGAACUCUGUCCAUCAACGUGUUGCUGCAGGCAGAGAACAGCGUGCAACAGAGUCGUGAGAUCAGCGCCAAGAAAACAGCCCGUGUGGGAGACGUGUUUGAAUCAAUGAAGCAACAGCUCCUCCUGCUGGUGGAAUGGGCCAAACAUAUCCCAGAGUUUUGCAGCCUUCACAUAGAUGACAGGGUGACCCUUCUGCGAACCCAUUCUGCUGAACAUCUGAUUCUGGGGGCAGCAAGACGUUCGCUACCCUAUAAUGACGUCAUUCUUUUAGGCAACGACUUUGUGAUCCCCCUGAGAGGAGCGGAGUUGGAAGUGUCCAGAGUGGCUACCAGAAUCCAGGAGGAGCUCGUCAAGCCUCUCAGGGAACUGGACAUUACAGACAAAGAGUUUGCUUGCCUCAGAGCCAUAGUUUUCUUUGCCCCAGCAGACUGUCCAGGCCUGGAGCACCCUCAGCUGAUCCGAUAUUUGCGUCUCCAGGCCCACGUUCUACUGGAGGAAGCGACGUGUGAUCAGAGAGGAAGGUUAGGAGAACUUCUGCUGAUUCUUCCUGCUCUGCAGAGCAUUUCCUGGCAGAUGGUGGAAACGCUCCAUUUGGCAAAGCUGCUCGGCGAAGCCAGACUGGACAGCCUGCUGCAAGAGAUGCUGCUUGGAGAGGGAACGGCAACGACCCAAGGGCAGUGUGCCGGCAGUAUCCUGAACUGUGAGCGUCAGAAUGACCUCCGACCUUCUCCUGCCACCUUCACCUCUGAGCUCCCAUGCUUCCACUAGUCUUGCAGUCGUCCUGCUGCCCACACAGACUGGCACUGAGGUGUACAGACAUGGAGAGGCUGCCAAUGCGCCCACAUUGAACCAGAGGUCCAUGUCCUCUACAAGUAAACACCUAAAGGAGCAACAAUUCAGCUGAAGGACGAGUGGAGUCCUACCAGGUCUUCAGAGGAUCACAAGCAGGCAUAUAGAGACUCAACCACAAACUCAAUAAUGAAAACAAACAAAAAAACACCCAGAAAUAAACAAGUUGCUGGCAGUUAUUUAACUAAUGUUUUUAAAUACAUAUAUAAAUUUUAAAAGUGAAGUUUCAAAUACAGGCAUGAAUCAAACAACUGAACUGAUAAUAUUUAGAAUAUCAAUUAGAACAAAAAAAAGUGGAAAACUGAUUUCUGAUAUUGGAGCACUGAACUGAACAGUGUUGUCCAGCAGAGGGCACUACAAUGCUAUUAUUUGACAUUUUCAAAAGACUGAUUUUAUAAAUUAACACCAGGAAAGAAAUAGUUUACUUUUAAUCUUCCUUAGCUGCGUCUUUAUACACACAAAACUGACAACACAACUUCUCUAUAUCAAAAGAUAUUUCUCUUGGUCCAGAAAUUGAGAAUUUAUGUUUUGGUUUUUUUGUUGUUGUUUUUUUUACCAAAUUCUGAGUCUUCAGACAAAAAUGCUAGCAAAAGAGUCUAAUGUUCUGUGGUCAAAUAUUAAGAGUAAGCCCAGCCUAGUACCCAUGUGUGAAAUUAAUGGCAAUUAAAACAUAAUAGAAAUAAUGUACAUGGCAGACCUAACCCCUGAAUAAAAUCCAUCUAUUUAU